UCUUCUGCUUUGUCCAGCUAGUUCAUUUGUAUUGUGUUCCUCUCCUGUUACCUGGAAUGGCCCUUAGAAAAGCUUUAAAGGAUCUUCAACAGCAACAAAAGAAAUUCUACCUUGUUGAGUGGGAAUGUGAUGGUUCUGUGACAACAGUAGAGGAGAAACACAUUCAGUGUGGCAAGUCAGAGAGUGUGGUGUGCGGUGAGAGCUACCCAGUGAAGUAUGGGAGAAAACUGAUUAAAGCCCUUGUCCUUGCUAUCGGCUCCAAGGAUGAGAUGAGGCAUAAAGAGCUCGAAUACGUUGGAGCCGACAACGACACACCACCACCACCAGCUUCACUACCACCACCAGCUUCACCACCACCAUCAGCUUCACCAUCACCACCAGCUUCACCAUCACCACCAGCUUCACCAUCAGCUUCACCACCACCAAAAAAGAAAAAAAAAGUUCCCUCCAAAAAGAAAAAUUCUACUAAAAAGAUCAAGGUGCAGGAACCCACUGGCUCUAUACUUGUGGUAACUGAUCCUCCUGUUAUUGACCUCACAAAUCUUACCACCCCUCUUUCCACUGAGCUUGACCCAUUUCUGAGGCCGUUUCCAAAACAAUUCAGGAUAAAAUCUCUUGACGGUGACUCCGGAAGUGAAGACAUGUCAAUCUGCAGUUAUGAAUCAACUGACCUUACACAGGCACGGUUGAAUAUCCAUGAUCUCCAAGAAAGGGUCGAAUAUCUUGAGCAGAUGGUGCUAAUGCAGCAAGAACAAUUAAAGAGCACCAUCCAAUCUCACUCUAUGUACAACUAUGUACGUCAACCCCUGUAUCAACCCCCGUAUCAACCUCAGAGUCAACCCAGCACCUCAGGCAUGCCCAACCAACAAUACCAACCACUACCAUCGCAAGAUGCUGCUAGCGCAAAGCCAAUGCCUCUUCGACCUAGCAAGACGGUUAACAAUGCAUUGCCAUCUAGUGUAAUAAAGAAGGACAAUCUAGUUCCUGUCACUGUUAUUCUGGGGAAAAAUCGCCAACUGCAGGUAGAGAGCAAGGUAACAAACUUGGCCCAAAAACUUGCGAGACACUCAUUCUUUGGCGACGAAGUUAUGCGCCAAUGUACCCCGAAUGGUGCUAGGGACCUUCCAGCCUUACCAAGAGAAGAGGUUUUUCAGCUCAAAUUGACAAUUUUUGAGCUGUUUCCUACAUAUUGGGCAGCCCCUGCCACUUUUGAGGGCCUUUGGGCAGAGAGCGUUAGCUCCAUUGAGCAGUCAUGCAAACGGAUUCGAAGCGCAUACAAAAAGACCCUUUCUUAUGAAUAG